AUGGGUAGUAGCUACGCUAAACUUUCAUCUCCCGCGAAUGCGGACAUUUUUUCUGCAUCAAAAACCCUCCUCAGCCAGGAGAAAUGGAAUGAAGAGACACUUGAAGACGUGGAGACUUAUGCUCAACUUCGGAACAGGUCCGAGAACUUCUGGAAACAAGGACCAAUUCUCGCACUCUUCAAGGGCAUUGCGCUAUUGUUGGCAACCGCUGUCGGAUUCACAGCUGGUAUCAGUAUCUGCUACUUUGCGUCGCUGACUGAAGAGCAUAGACAAGUUCAAGACGCUUCAGUUCAAUCCUCGUUUCACGGCCCCAAGUCACCAUACAUGGACGAGCCCAACUUGGAGCUCGAUAAGUUGUGGUACGAUUUAACUAAACUUCGCAAUUACGACGUCGACUACGACACUCUCGCCAGCAUCAACAGGACGCAAGCAGCUGUAGAGUACCCAGGCACUGGAGAGUACCAGGUUGGCCUUGAAGUUUUCCACCAGCUACACUGUCUUAACUACCUCAGGAUGUACUCUUAUAAGAACUGUUAUAGCGCCAUCGAUUUCGACAUGAUUGCCGAUCCUGAGGAAGAGCGAAACGAGCAUAAGGACCACUGUGUGGAGGUUCUCCGACAAAGGCUAAUGUGCAACCCAGAUUUGAACAUUUAUUCGUAUCAUUGGACCAAGACGUCAAAUAUGCCCAUGGGAAAUCUUUACAACCGACUCAGAUGUGUUAACUGGGAGCAUUUUCACGCUUGGACAAACAGUCACGUGGUUCAAUACGCUCCGCCUUCAAAGAGCAGUGCUAAGGAGCUACUUGACUAG